AUGCAUCCGAACGUUCAUCAUCAUCAUCUUCUCCUUCUGAAGCACCACCCUCAUCACUCACAACUCCACCACCACCACCACCACGAAGGGACCCAUCCACAACCACCUCAGCCAUCUCGAUCUUCUCCCCCCGAACACCACCACCACCACCAACAACAACCACAACCACAGCCUCACCACCAGCACCACCAGGGUAGGCGGAGGCCCCUCAAGAAGGCGCUGGACAAGUCGACGGACGACUACCGCGCCCGUCGCGAGCGCAACAACGUGGCGGUGCGGAAGAGCCGGGACAAGGCGAAGCUGCGCUCGGCCGAGACGGCGGCCCGGGUGGUGGAGCUCGCGGCCGACAACGAGCGCCUGCGGGCACGCACCCAGCGCCUCGCCCUGGAGCUCGGCGCCCUGCGGGCCCUCCUGGGCAGGCUGCCCCACGUGACGCUGCCCGGGGCCUCGUCGGGUGGUGGCGGCGGCGAGGAAACAAGAACAUGCUCGGUGUAG